UAAAACAAGUAUAUUAUAAAAGUGGAGAGUGUAUUUUGAUAUAGAAAGGAUGUGCAAGGAAGUGUAUUUUGAUCUGUUGGUUGGACAUGAAAUCAUAAAACAAUUAUGGAAAGUUUCUUAAGGAUCAGCUGGAUUGUGAGAGGCUGCACACUCCUUUACAUUUUAGUGGUGCUGGAAAUUAAAGAUGGUGAACAAACUGAAGUGCUUCUGGUAUAAUAGAAAAAGUGAGUCAGUUGAAUCACAAAUCUUAAUUCCUUCAUUCUAUAAAUAAGCUUUCGUUGGCAUCAAAAUGGUAAACCUUGAUUAAGUGAUUUCACUUUUGUGAGCCUUAACAACUGCUGCACACCAGACACACUUUCCUCUCUUCUCUUCUCCAGGUUUUAUAUCAUGUCCGACCCGGUUCAGACCACCUCAGACAGUCUGUGUAAACUGGUCCGCUGGGCUCACAGCCACGGGACCAUCUGCAACCUCAUCCCCAGCCUGACAACGGAACCCGGUCUCCAUGGUGGCAGUGUCCCUGUCGCCGUGUGGGGUUGUGCCGCUGGACACUCGUACCACUGGCCCCUCGGGGGCCACAGCAGCGAGAGGCUAUGUUCAGGCUCAACAAAUACCGGCCAAGGCCAGGAAAGGUUUGUCGGAGGGCGCCGGUCCAAUAAGGUGACAGCGAGGGCGUCGUGUGACCUCUGCUAUAGCGAAGCAGCAUCAGACGGGGAGGAGUUCAGCAGCCGGCUGUUUGACAUUGCUGGGUGUGAUUCGUCGGCCACAGACGAAGACAGCGCCUACGAGCCCCGCCCGUCCAGGAAAAGAGGCGGGGCACCAGGAAGAGCAGCAACCAGGAAGAAGGUCAAGCAAGAAGCCACCUCGGCCGAGGAUCAUGACACUGCUGCUAACACAGCUGGCACGGGGCUAGCUGUGACGGACUAUGUGCAACGGGCUUGUCGGGCACCAAACACACACUCUCAAAUGACACACACACUGUUGCCCAAAAAGCCCCUCCCACCCUGCUCUCAACCACUGCAUGGACAGGAUCUGAAGUGUGAGAGAUUAGAAGACCCAGAGAUGGAGCUGCUGGGAGGAGGCAGCUGCACGACAGGGACCACGGAGCAGGCCGAGAGACGCAGCUCCGCCACAGAGACCACAGAGAAGACUGCGGGAGAGCAGGGUCAGCUGGAGGAGCUGCACGUGUUACUUUGUGCAGAGCGCAGCCGUAACCAGCGGAUGACGGAGAUCAUCUCCGGUCUGAAGCAGGACAAAGAGCUGCUGCAGCAUGAACUCGCUAAGAAAGCAGAACUCAUCUGUGACUUCCUGCAAGACAAACUGCGGCCAGAGAAGAGGUGGCCUUGUUGCUCCAAUCCAAUGGAACCGGGAAGUUCCCACAUGCCCUCUUCUGACGAUGUGGCAGGGGCCGAUUCCCCGACACUGUUUGACUCAUUUGAAGAAGUGGAGCUUUACCCUCUGGACCGCCACCGGACCCUGAAGAGCAAGAGGAGCCGGGAUGGAGAAAACCCCCGCGUCAGGAUGAAAAACGUGGUGGGCGUAAUAGCGCGCUAUAUGGCGGCCCUCCAGGAGUUUCGCUGCAGUGUUUCCAUGAAGGUGGCCUUCGACCGGGUUGGCGUGGACCGCAACACGAUUUCCCGUACAGCGGCCAUAGCUGAGCUCAGUCUUGCCGCCCCCGUGGUGUUCCAUGCCAUGGCACCGUGGGACGAGAAGGAGGAGACGCUGGCACAUUAUGCCCACCGCUGCCGACAGGCCAUGGACGACAACAUUAAGGCCAAGAUCAAAACGAUGAAGGCAAAAGGCGAUCUACUGCCCAUAGUGUCCAAGUGAGGAACCUUGAAUCAGAAGACUACAAUGCAUACUUCUUGUAGGCCUACGUAGGAAAAGGAAGCUUUCAUUUCACUGCACUAUCUGAGUCUGUGGUCCUCCACUUUUUCCAGGAUUUAUAUCGCAAGGUUGUUGUAAUUUUCACUAUUUUGUGUACUUCUAAUCAUUGUGUGGCUGCAUUACAUUCUGGCUACAUUUCUGCUUCUGUGGGUACGGUUGAAAGAAUGAGCUCUUGUUCUUAGAUUCUCUGGGACAGUCACCUACAACUGCAGUCAUUGCAGCUCAGAAUGCUUUAUUACCAAGUUUCAACAUUUGAGAAAAAUGAAAAAAAAUAACUACAGACCAUCUUGCGAUGGGAUCACACCAGCCGCAACACCAAAUUGCACCAGGGGCGCAAAGUGUGGGGGUGGUAAUGGCCCCUUCCCCACUUCCUACCCCCCUACUUCCGGGGCCCCUUGGUGAUGGACCGCACCCAUCAUCAAACUUGGCGUUUACUUUGAUCUCAGCUACACACCUCCGCUACAAUCGGUGUCUCCAGGACCCCGUUUUGCCAUGAUGACACUCAGAUAGACUCAGAAGGUGAAAACGAUACCAGCUAGUAGAAACUGGUUUAUUCUGUGGUCAGUCCAACCACUUUAUAUUAAAAAGGCUCGACUUCUGAUGUUCGAUCAAUAAGGAGACUUUUAAGUAUUCAAGGUUCAGUGACUUAAUGUUUUUGAUGCAUGUUUCUUGUUUUGUGGUCUGCCUAACAGUUUUAGAAUAAAUCCACUAAAAACAGUGAGCAUUAUGAAGUUAAGCAAGUCUUCUUUUGUUUUAGUAACAAUACAAAACAAACCUUUGUCCAUGGGCACGGUGUGGCAUAAAAAGAAAUCCAAUUUCAGGCACUCAAGUGAAUGGUUGAAAAUGUAACGCCUUUAAUAAAUAUGGGUUAAAGACCCCAACAUGUAUCAACACAUGGUGCCUUCCUCAGGUAACACCAAGUACCCAUGGAUGAAGGAAUCUUUUCUUCUCUUUGAACAUGGAUCACUUUAAAACAUGGACGUGAACACAAAGUUUAGAAGUGAGGGGAAAACAAAAAAAAUCAGGAUUACGUUUAAAUCCUAUAAUGUGAACACAGCCAUGCAUAUGCUUCUAACCCCUCUUUUUAAACUUGCAAAAAUAAAAACUGAAAUUCACUAUAUAUAUGUAUAUAUAUAUACACACACAAUUGAAUGUAACAAUUUUAUUAUCAAAUAUUGACACAAACCCAUUUAUGUAAAAACCCUGACCGAAUGUGCAUUUUAUGGAUCAGUGCGGUGAAAGGCAACAGAGCAGGAUAGCAUUUACAGUAUUUCUGUGUUUUUUGUUUUUAUCUGCUGCUCAAUUUCACAGGAUGUCUGGAACCUUCUUCCGACUUUUUUUUUUUUUCCCCGGAAGCUUUCCCGAAUUCAGCAGCCAGCUUUGUUGGUCUGGAAAAUGUAAAAAUGACAGAUUCACACUCCCCUGAGAUCGUUUAUGACACGUCAAAACAACCGUCCGUUAAUCCAAAGACUUAAAAGAGGGAAAGUGGGAGACACGUGGGUCUGGUGCGCACGUGUGUUGUUUGAAUGCUUUGUGUCACACCGGGUGGCAGCAGCAGGAGGACAACGGGUGAACAGGUCAAGACUCCGGCUCCAGGCGUGGAAUGACGGGGAGUAUGAGGUUCCCGAACGAGGAGUCCUGAGUGAUGAAGAAGCCUGAUGAGUGUGUGUGUGCAUGCUGCAAGAGAAGACACAGUUAGGCAAAGGCUUGUGUUAACACUGACCAAAUUCACAAUUUAAAAUGCUAUUAACUAAACAAUAUUUCCGCAAUAGAAGUGCUGGUAGCUUGAUUAUUUUGUUACCUUUGGACAGAGCUAGGCUAGAUGUUUUCCCAUUUCUAGUCGUUAUGCUAAGCUAAGCUAACCACCCCGUAGUGUCUGUGUUUGGCUAAAUGAUUUCUGAGACUUUUACGCCACAUUAAAGGAUAUCACAGUGUUUGAGGUUUGAUGCACCAACAACCAUGCAGUGACUAUCAAGCCUCUUUAUACUUCUGUGAGAUGUUUCAUGUUGCCUUGAACACCCCCCCUCUCUCUCGAAUAAUGAUUUUCAGACCUCUAUUCAAUUCAAGUCAGAAACUGCAGAAUUAACUCUCAAAAUCAGUCUUAAAACACAGGAAGUCACCGACACUGAAUGAAAACCUAACUGGAUAUUUACUCAACAACUAUAUGUACGACUAUUAUUCAUAUUUAUUUAUUGUGCUACUUGUUGCUGUAUGUAAAACUUGUGUAAAAUGACAUGAAUAUGUUCGACUGUCGCACCUGCAGGGCAGCUUUCUGCUGGGCAGCGAUGUGUUGCUGUUCUGCGUUGUCUCUGAACUCCUUCAGACUCGGUCUGGACAUCGAGAUGCUACAGGAUGAGAUGGAGAGGAGAACAUUUUUAAAUCAAUUUGAAUAUUGAUGUAUAUAUGGAUAUGGAUACACCAUAACAAUGUUUCUCCGAGGUUGUGACUGAGACUCCUGUUACCCUCCACGGCUGGAUACUAUCCCUACCUCGCUCCAGGAGCAUUUAAAAGUCGCCUCCUCUCCUUCUCCAGCUCGGCCAGGAUCGCCAUCCGUGCCUUGUUUGGUAAAGCUAGAUGGAGACAAAAGAAAGAGACAAAGACAGUAAGGGAAGAGACAGGGAUGGAACAAUAUGCAUCAGCUAACAUUACUUUAUGCAUCUAAAGACAGGCAACAUUUUGAGUAACACAAAUAAAUAAAUAUAUUAUAUAUAUUUUAAACAUAUAUACUUUUUUCAGCUUUUAUGUUGAAGGGAAAUUAAUGUAUAUAAGCUGAAAGACAAUUAAAGCUAGCUAUAUU